GUUGCCAACUUGGCCCAAGGGACCGAAACCGUCACCUUUUCAUUUCCGUCUAUUUCUUUGCCGCAUCGCCUCUUCAGUCCUCUCUUUCUUUUCUUUCUUCUUCUCUUCUCUCUCUCGCCUCUUCAUCUUCAACGACUGAAACGUAACAAAUCUCUCUCUAGAGAUAUUGUCAAUGGCAGCCGCAGGAGGACUUCCCUCUCCUCGCGAGGAAUAUGUUUACAUGGCGAAACUCGCUGAACAGGCCGAACGGUACGAAGAGAUGGUCGAGUUCAUGGAGAAGGUCACGGCAACCGCUGAGUCCGAGGAGCUCACCAUCGAGGAGCGAAACCUCCUCUCCGUCGCUUACAAGAAUGUAAUCGGCGCUCGCCGUGCUUCUUGGCGUAUCAUAUCGUCGAUCGAACAGAAAGAGGAGAGCCGUGGUAAUGAGGACCACGUUGUUACGAUCCGUGACUACAGAUCUAAGAUAGAGUCCGAGCUUUCCUCGAUCUGUGAUGGAAUCUUGCGUUUGCUUGAUUCUAGACUCGUUCCUUCGGCUUCUUCUGGAGAUUCCAAGGUCUUUUACCUCAAGAUGAAGGGUGAUUAUCAUCGCUAUCUAGCUGAGUUUAAGACUGGUGCCGAGCGCAAAGAAGCCGCCGAGAGCACCCUCUCUGCUUAUAAGUCAGCGCAGGAUAUUGCAGUUGCAGAGUUGGCUCCAACCCAUCCGAUCCGGCUAGGACUGGCUCUUAACUUCUCUGUCUUCUACUACGAGAUCUUGAAUUCUCCUGACAGAGCCUGUAAUCUUGCGAAACAGGCCUUUGACGAAGCAAUUGCGGAGCUGGAUACGUUGGGAGAGGAGUCUUACAAGGAUAGCACUCUGAUCAUGCAGCUUCUUCGUGACAACCUUACCUUGUGGACAUCUGAUAUGCAGGAUGAUGGUCCUGAUGAGAUCAAAGAAGCACCCAAGCGUGAAGAUGAACAGCAGUGAAGUAAUUCAUGUUCAGAUGAUAGUAUCUCUUCUCCUCCAUCUGUUUUUUAAAGAGAGAAGGGGCUUGGUGCUAGCUACUUUUGAGUUUUUAGUUUCAACCUUUCAUUUCUCUGACCUUUUGAGGUACCAAGUUUGUUCAUUUGUGUUUUUUUUUAUCUUUUUUGAUAUGUUUUCUAAUUGUUUUCUAUCUUUGAAGAGAUUGGAGUUUAUGUUUGCAUUAAACAUAUCAGAAGCUUGAUUUCUAAGUA